AAUAAAAUAUAUUUAUCCAAAUGAGCAUGGCUUUAAAACAACAAAAGACCAAACUUUGGAAAAUGAAGAAAAGCAACGAUGAAGACAACCUUUCUUCCAAAAGUCAUAAGACUCAAUGAAGCGAGUCUGAUACAAGGAUGAAAAGAUUAGAAAAAUUCAGGAAAUUUAAAUCUAAAGGUGAUCGCUGAGAUAAAGAGUACAGAAUUUCAAAGUUCCUCACCAACAUGAGAAUAGAGCAAACUCAUCCAGGUGACUUCAACUUUAUGAGAGCUGUUACAUGAAGGGACAACACAGAUUUGACACCAACGCUCUCUCUCGGGAAAAACUCUUUAUUAUUGAAAAGGUCGAAGAAGCUAAGGCCUAUUUGAAACUUUUCCGAAUGAAUCAAUUAUGAGUAAAUAUACUAUCCAUUAAUAAGUUAUACUAAAAAUAUUUCUACAUAAUCGGUUCUGAGUCAUUUUUAUUAUCUUAGUAACGUCCAGUAAGCUUUGAGAUGUCUGUCAGAGGUCCUUUAAGUUCGAGAAGCAAGGAGAAAAUUAAUGGUAGGAUUAAGAACAAUUGAUACCACAACCCGAGUCUUCAUACUCGAUCGAUUCUUAUCAUAUACAGCCAUACCUAUGUUCAUAUUUCCUCAUUUAAGAAUCUUAUUCAGAAAUUUGGAGUGGUUUGAGUAAGGUCCUUGUUGACAGCUUACUUAAACUACUAUCCAUAAAUAGAACUUAGGUUGAACUUUCUUAGCCUUAGCCAGUAUUUCAUGGAUAAAACUUCCCUUAAAGUAUAAGAAAAUUGAGAAAUAAAAAACUGUCUUGAAAAGAUUUGAUUUUACUACUAUCCACCGGACUUGCUCACCAGUUUGGCAUAAGAGUUAUAUCACUAGAUUUCAUAGAAAACUUUGAGGGCUCUGAGAAUUCCUUAGCGAUCUACAUGAGGCUAAGAGAAAUUUUCACAACUUGAAUACUCAUAACAUCCUGAGACUCAGCUGGGAACAGACAUAAAAAGUUCGAGGCAAUAUUUCGAACUAAAAAUGGAGAGAAAUUACUUUAAAAUAAGAAUAACUGU